AUGAUUCUUGCAUAUCGUUGGGCACGCAAGAAGAAUCAGCAGCGCCAGCAAGCGAGUGAUGAUGAGCCUUCGCAGCCACCUCCAACCAAUACGAUAGAGAUCCCUACACAGGCGCACCCAGAAGCCACAGCAAGAGACACUGCAACCAAGGAAAUAUCCCAGAGUUUGGAUUCGCCAUCAAAUGCGGCCGCAAACGGCAGCCCGGCGACCGCCAAAGGCGCCAAGGCCGGAACCAAGACCGAGAAGACGGAGCCCACCCCGGAGGAGAAGGCGGAACAGCGCCGCAAGAGGGCGUAUCGGUGGAAGAUCGUGAUCGGUCUCUUCGCCCCCUUCACCCUGCAGAGUCUUAAUACCACCAUCAUCGCUUCCGCUCUACCAUUCAUAGCCUCUGACUUCAACCAACUCUCCCAGCUGAACUGGAUCAUCUCCGUCUUCAACCUCACCUCCGCCGCCUUCCUCCCCUUCUGGGCCCAGAUAGCCGACAUCUUCGGCCGGCACGCCACAAUCCACACAACUAUUAUUCUCAUGAUGAUCGGGUCGGCCAUCUGCACAGGCGCACCCACGGACGCCUUCCCCGUCCUCCUACUGGGGCGCGCCGUCCAGGGCGUCGGCGCCGCGGGCGUCAACAUCAGCGUGCGGGUGAUACUAGCAGACAAGGUGUCGCUGGCCGACUACGCCCUCAACUGGACGGUGUUCGCCCUCUUCUCCGGCGUGGGCUUCAGCGUCGGGCCCGUGAUAGGCGGCUACCUCACGCAGGCGAGCUGGCGCUGGUGCUUCGCCAUCAACCUGCCCGUCGGCGUCCUCGCCAUCGUUCUCGUGGCGGUGGCCCUGCGCCGCGAGCUUCUGGGCCCGCAGCCCAUCCCGGAGCUCGAGGGCGAGGGCGAGGGCGACGGGCACGGGCACGGGCACCGUGCCCUGGGCAGCAGCAGGCGCGCGAGGUUCGGCGCGAGGCUGAUGACCAUCGACCUUGUCGGCCAGCUGCUCUUCCUCUUCGGCCUGGGCCUGCUGAUCCUGGCGUUCACGUGGGCCGGCGGCACGUACGGCUGGGGCUCGGCGGCUGUCAUCGCGCCGCUUGUGGUUGGUGCUGCGCUCAGCGUCGCUUGGGUCUUCUACGAGCACUCGAUGGCCCCGCCGCACCUCGUGUCGCGCGUGUUCCGCUCGCAGAGGGCCAUGAUGCCCUGGGAGCUGCUUGCCAAGCGGGAUAUCUCCCUGUUGUUCUUCGUCAACUUCGAUCUCGGGGUCUGCAUGUUUGCUGUGAUGUACUUUAUGGAUCUGUACUUUGCACUCGUGGAAGGCCACAGCUCAAGUGAAGCCGGGCUGGCGUUGUUAUACUUUCUUCCCGGGCUUGGAGAAGGAGAGGAGGACGCGUGA